AUGCUGCUCCGCACCCUGGCGCUGCGGCGCCCAGUGGUGCUCCACGUCGGGGACGGCACUGGUGCCAGUCGCCAGCUGCAGGCGCUGCAUCUCGUCGAAGAUGCAACGGUGCCCCGCAGUGAGCAGCGGGGUGCCGACAAGCAGCGCGAGCAGGACAGCGGCCGCGGUCAGCGCGGACACCCGCAGGCCGGUGAGCGGAAGGGGCAUUCCGUGGCGUGUGGCGGCGGGGGUCGUGGACAAUACGUUUGGCUGUGGUGUGGGGUGUGUGGAUGGUAA